GUUUAUACGCAAAAUGUUGGCCGUGAUCGCAUCAUUGUUGAUAUGGAUGUUGCUUAUGCUGGUGACGCGGAUUUUGAUGUGAGUGUUGCGGGUUUCACUGGUGGACUGAAUCAGCUGCAGUUUUCCGGAAAACUACGAGCUGUACUGAAACCACUGUUACCAUAUCCACCAAUGAUUGGAGGAGUUUCUGGAUUUUUCCUCGAAAAACCAGUAGGUUUGAUAAUUUUUAAUUCAAUAAACAACUGA